GCAACCAAACCUUCAAGUUGAAAGUUGAAAGUUGAAACAGUACAAAGACCAAGCCCACAGAUAACAACCAACAGCAACAUCAUUAGUACAAAGACCAAAAAGAACAAAAAUCUAGGAUGCCCAAAAACAUGACCACCUUAAUUUAAUCAAAUCAUUCAUUCAUAAAACGUGCCAACCAUUCAAGUCUCUGAAAAACACAAACACAAACAUUCAAUCUCAUUCAGGUUCUUUUUUUCUCUCUUCAAUGGCUAAAGAGAAUCCAAAUCCAACCAUAACAUUGAAACCAGUAACAUGGGUUUUACCUUACAGAACAGAGAAGGUAACUGAGAUAUACAGAAUGGGUAGAAAAUUGGGUCAAGGUCAAUUUGGAACAACCUAUCUUUGUACACACAAAUCAACAAACAGAACAUUUGCUUGUAAGUCAAUCCCAAAAAGAAAGCUUUUUUGUAAAGAAGAUUAUGAGGAUGUUUGGAGAGAGAUUCAGAUAAUGCAUCAUUUAUCUGAACAUUCUCAUGUUGUUAGAAUUGAAGGAACUUAUGAGGAUUCUAUUGCUGUUCAUAUUGUUAUGGAACUUUGUGAAGGAGGUGAACUUUUUGAUAGGAUUGUUCAAAAGGGUCAUUAUAGUGAGAGACAAGCUGCUACUUUGAUUAAGACUAUUGUUGAAGUUGUUCAAUCUUGUCACUCUCUUGGUGUUAUGCAUAGAGAUCUUAAACCUGAGAAUUUUCUCUUUGAUACUGUUCAUGAAGAUGCUAAGCUUAAAGCUACUGAUUUUGGUUUGUCUGUUUUUUAUAAACCUGGUGAAUCAUUUUCCGAUGUUGUUGGGAGCCCAUACUAUGUUGCACCGGAGGUCUUGCGCAAACUAUAUGGACCUGAGUCCGAUGUGUGGAGUGCCGGCGUUAUUUUGUACAUCUUAUUAAGUGGGGUGCCACCAUUUUGGGCAGAAACUGAACCGGGGAUCUUCCGACAGAUUUUAAUAGGAAAACUUGAUUUUCAGUCUGAGCCUUGGCCUAGCAUUUCGGACAGCGCAAAGGAUCUAAUUCGGAAAAUGCUUGAUCAAAAUCCAAAAACAAGGCUAACAGCACAUGAAGUACUCCGCCACCCAUGGAUUGUUGAUGACAACAUUGCACCUGAUAAACCUAUUGACUCAGCAGUUUUGUCACGUCUGAAGCAAUUCUCUGCAAUGAAUAAACUGAAAAAGAUGGCUUUGCGUGUUAUUGCUGAGCGUCUAUCUGAGGAAGAAAUUGGCGGCCUAAAAGAGUUAUUCAAGAUGAUUGACACCGACAGCAGUGGAACCAUAACAUUUGAUGAGUUAAAAGAUGGCUUAAAGCGAGUAGGAUCUGAACUUAUGGAGUCUGAAAUCCAGGAUCUUAUGGAUGCUGCUGAUGUUGAUAAAAGUGGGACAAUCGACUAUGGUGAAUUCAUUGCUGCAACUGUUCAUUUAAAUAAGCUGGAGAGAGAGGAAAACCUGUUGUCAGCCUUCGCUUAUUUUGACAAAGAUGCUAGUGGUUACAUAACCAUUGAUGAGAUUCAACAAGCUUGUAAAGACUUUGGCUUAGAAGAUAUCCACAUUGAUGAAAUAAUCAAGGAAAUUGAUCAAGACAAUGAUGGACAGAUAGAUUAUGGGGAAUUUGCUGCAAUGAUGAGAAAGGGAAAUGGAGGAAUAGGAAGGAGAACAAUGAGAAACACACUAAAUUUAAGAGAUGCUUUGGGAUUAGUAGGCAAUUGAUCCAAUCAAGUUAUUGAUGGUUACCUUAAGUAAUCACUUGGUGACAAAAAAAAAAUUGAGGAAAAAUAAUUAAAUUUGAUAAAUUUAAACAUUAUCUUUAGAUUGACCAAAUUUUUUGCAUAUCUUUUAUUAGAUUGAUCAUUCCAAAAAAAGAUAUUCUUUACCUUGA